GCUCAAACGUCAUUUCAACAAUCAGUCUGCGCCGAGCGUUUAUGGGGAGAGGUUGUGUCGCUCUCGGUCAUAAACAGCUAGAAUACCAAUCGCGUGUUCAAUGCCGAGUGAAAGAAAUAAACAUACUAUUUUAUUAUAAUAAAUAGAAAGAAUCUACCUCAUGUUUUGUAUAUUGUGAAGUUUUUUCGUACAAUAUCCAUUAUUAAAAUAAAAGAAGGACCUAAACUUAAUGUGUGAAUCUUUUUAACAAAUUACGACAAAAUGGAUGAGUGGCAAAAGAACGAGAAGUUAUAGAUGCGCCGUACACCAGAGGGACCGAGAGGUCAGCUCAGAAAACGAUUUCCAUUUACUUCUUGAAGAUCCCACUUUAUUCGCCAGAAUGGUGCACUUAGUGGCAAUGGAAGUGCUCCCAGAAGAGCGGGACCGCAAGUAUUACCAGGAAAGAUACACUUGCUGUCCACCGCCGCUCUUUAUCAUCUGUGUGACGUUGUUAGAGUUGGGCGUGUUUGCAUGGUACGCGUGGGGUUCGGGAGGAGUGGCGGCGGCGGCGGGCCCGGUGCCCGUGGACUCGCCGCUCGUGUACCGGCCCGACCGCCGCAAGGAGCUGUGGAGGUUUCUCACAUACAGCGUCGUGCACGCUGGCUGGCUGCACUUGGCGUUCAACCUCCUUGUUCAACUUGCGGUGGGUCUGCCGCUAGAGAUGGUGCACGGCGCGGUGCGGUGCGGCGCGGUGUACCUGGCGGGCGUGCUGGGCGGCUCGCUGGCGGCGUCCGUGCUGGACCCGGACGUGUGCCUGGCGGGCGCGUCGGGCGGCGUGUACGCGCUGCUGGCCGCGCACCUCGCCAACGCGCUGCUCAACUUCCACGCGAUGCGGUACGGCGCCGUGCGACUCGUCGCCGCGCUCGCGGUCGCCUCGUGCGACGUGGGCUUCGCGGUACACGCUAGAUAUACUAAAGAAGCGCCGCCGGUGUCGUACGCGGCGCACGUGGCGGGCGCGCUGGCAGGACUGACGAUCGGGCUGCUGGUGCUGAAGCACGCGCAGCAGCGGCUGUGGGAGCGGCUGCUGUGGUGGGCGGCGCUGGGCGCGUACGCGGCGUGCACGCUGUUCGCCGUGCUGUACAACAUCUUCAGCGGGCCCGUGGACGAACUGCACUACAUGCCGCCCGACCCGCCGCCCGACGUCGCCGGCUUCUGAUGCGCUCGCCGAGCCCCCCCGUGCCGGCCCGCCGCCCGACCCGCCGGCCCCGAGCCGGCCCGCCGCGCGCGGCCGACUCGCAACGCGCCUAGUCAAUUUACCUUAGUGUGAUACGCGAUAAGUAGCAUUAUUGAGGGAGGCCUCUGUCCACGUUCAGCUUUCGCGCUCGACGCGAAUUUGUUAUUGUUUCUGAUCUUGCGGUUGCAAAUUUAAACUUGUUGAUCUAUUUUUGUAUAGUGCACAGUUUUUGUUUCUUCACGAAGCUCCCUCGCGAUACUUAAGUGUUAAGUAGUCUUAAUUAUAUAUCGAUAGGUGAACUAUUUUUGUACCUACUGUCAGCGUCCGUAGUGUUUAGGUUGAAGGCGUUACCGCUACACAAUAAUAAUAUGUUCCCGAGUGGACCGGCGAGCGGGCUCGGUGUCUCGGUCCAUUUGCAGGCUGUUAAUUGAAUGUUAAUCGUGGUACAUGAGCUGGACGAGACGUCGAGCCCGCGUCGCCGUUGUUAUGUCCGACACACCAAAGAUUAGAAUAAAAUGGCGUCCAUAAUCAAUGGUAGAAACUGACGUUUUCAAAUGGUAUAUAAAUUGCGUCAACGUUUGCUAUUUGCCCAAUUGAAUUGCUCAUUAAUGAUUGAAUACUUCACUAUUGAUUUUUGCAUUUAAGAUACGCGUUGUUUUUAUUGCUCAAUUGCAACAAUGUUUUAAAUGAUUAUGCUCAAAAGUGAGAUUUUUUUUUGUCGAAUCGAUAUUUACGUAGCUCAAUACAGCUGUGACAGACGGAGCAAGCUAAUAAACUAUUGCUAUGAAGAUAAUAAUGAUUGCUCAUAAUAAUAAGUCUGUUAGCAGCAAUGGGCGAUGUUGUCCGCUCAUUACGAGUGUUUGUUCGUACCUGGUUGGUACUCUUGUUUUAGCAGAACACCUUGCUAUCACUAAUAGUUUUACUAUAAAUGUGCCUGAUUCCUAUUAUUGUAAAAUUGAUUGUAUAAUUUUAAUUCUAAUCAAAUAAUGUCAGAAACCGACUGAUUUUUUGUAUAAAUUAUUAUUGCAGAGUGUUUUCAUUUAAUUUAUUUUUAAAUUUAUUUUAAGUGUGAAUUGAAAUAAUUCUAAUAAUUAUGUGAUUAUAUAAAAGUAAGAAUGCAUCUGAUUAAAAAUGAUUGAUGAAAGAA